AUGUCCACCUCUUCUUCCUCCCUCUCCUCUGCGGCUGUGCUUGACAACACGAUCAAGAAAAUCGCCGCUGCGGUGCGCGCGUCCUUCGCCCCCGCCCCUGGCCUGCAGGUCGCCGACGCCACGGCCUCCGCCGUCGCGGACGGCGCCGCGGACAAAGCUUCUGCCGUGGCGCGCGCGGUUCUCGCUCCUCUCCUCGACGAACUGCUCCCACGCACCUCCGACGCCACGUCUCCCGCCGUCACGCCCACUGUGACGCUGCCGCCAGAACUCACGGCGCUCCUCGCCCGCUUGUCUGUCCUGGCCUCUCCGGCCAGCGCGACGAGCCAUAUGUCGCACGGGGCACCCGGCGGCCCCCCUCCCGCCGCGCUCGACGACGAGACCCUGUCCGCACUGCACGCACAGGCCGUGGCCGUCCUCAACGUCAAAGCGAUCGUCCCCGUCACCCUUGACCUCACCGGCGGCAACUACUCUCAGUGGCGUGGCCUCUUCCUCGUUGUCCUCGGCAAGUAUGCCCUCACGGAGCAUAUGGACUACGUCGUCCUCGCGUGGCUCUACGGCUCGAUCUCCCUCGAGCUGCUUCAGGAGGUCAUGUCCGGCACCGCGACGGCGAGAUCGGUCUGGCGCGACCUCGAGCUUCUCUUCCACGGCAACAGCGAGCGCCGCAUAAUCAACCUGACGGUGGAGUUCCACGCGUUCUCCCAGGGCGACCUCUCCAUCGGCGAUUAUUGUCGUCGACUCAAGACUAUUGCCGACACGCUCGCCGAUCUCGGCGAGCCCAUCGCCGAUCGGACCCUGGUGCUCCAGCUCAUCGGUGGCUUGAGCGACAGAUUCGAUAAUCUGCGCUCGCUGCUGCCCAUGCGGUCCCCCUUCCCCACCUUCACGGAGGCCCGAUCCCUGCUUCUCCUCGACGAGCUCACCCGCGGCGGUACGACCCAAGGCACGCCGGCGAUGGCCUUCGUCGCGACCUCUGCCGGCCCCGCUUGUCCCCAAGCUACGACCGCCUCCAACGCUACCGGCUCCACCAACUCCUCCAACAACUCCCACAACCGCCGGCGCGGGCGCGGCGGCAGCGGCGGCGGGGGUAACAGCAGCGGCGGCUGCGGCUCAUCCUCUUCGACGCCUGCGCACGGGGGUGGCCAGGGCAACUUAGCCCAAAAGACGGUCUGGCCCACUCCCUAUAACCCCUGGACCGGCUCCAUCCAAAUGUGGCCGGGCCCGAUGGGCCACGGUCCAGGUCUGCUCGGUGCACGGCCCAACUACGCAGGCUUCACCGCGCCGUCCCACGCGCCGUUCGCUGGGGCUGCGAGGGCGCACUUUGCUGGGCCGUCCGGCUUCCAGGCCGCGGCCCAGCCGGCUAUUGCCUCCCAGGCAGGCCCAGCACAGUAUGCAGCGCCCCCCUCCAUGACGCCUCCUACGCCGCACUCCGUCCCGGCUCCGGCACAGUACCUGUGGUCUGGUCCCUCUCACUGGGACCCGCAGGUGCUCGCAAGCGCCUACAACACCGCCGUCCUGACUCCACCGCCAUCAACUGAAUGGUAUAUGGACUCGGGCGCCUCCGCUCAUAUGACAUCGGAUGCCGGCUAG